CAUAAACCGUAGGGGAGACCACACCCACUCCCACAGUCUUAUGGAGCUUAAUUAUUAUUAUUAAAAGAUGGAAGUAAUGCGCACUCAGAAGAGAAGCGCGUAGGAUUUAAACACUAGCUUUUGGUGCAUGAGAUCAUGACGCAACCACAGAGCGCGUGGAAAGAAAAAAAGGCUGGUGAUCUAGAUUUCGAAACAAGGGUUCUCUCUGAGUUUCAGUAUCCAAAAAUGGAUCCAGAAAAUGGAAAUGGUGAUGCUUUGCCACCUCCGCCACCUGUCCCAGAAGAUGUUGUUCCAAUAAAAGCGGAGCCUGAGAAAAAGAAGGUGAUGAGGGUGCCCAUGGGGAGGCGUGGUCUUGCCACCAGAGGCAACAAAGUCCAGCUGUUGACCAACCAUUUCAAAGUCAACGUCUCUAAUGUUGAUGGACACUUCUUCCACUACAGUGUGGCACUUUUUUAUGAGGAUGGACGCCCAAUAGAUGGAAAAGGCAUAGGAAGAAAAGUGCUUGAUAGAGUCCACGAAACAUAUGGUUCUGAGUUAGCAGGAAAGGAGUUUGCUUAUGAUGGUGAAAAAAGUCUGUUUACUGUUGGAGCUCUUCCAAGGAACAAACUUGAAUUCACUGUUGUACUUGAAAAUGUCACUUCUAAUCGUAACAAUGGAAAUGCAAGCCCUGGAAGCCCUGACAAUGACAAGAAGAGAAUCAGGCGUUCGUAUCAAUCAAAGACUUUCAAAGUGGAGCUGAGUUUUGCAGCCAAAAUCCCAAUGCAGGCAAUUGCACAGGCUUUAAGAGGACAGGAAUCUGAAAACUCCAUGGAAGCUUUAAGGGUGCUUGAUAUCAUCUUAAGACAACAUGCAGCAAAACAGGGGUGUCUGCUUGUUCGACAAUCUUUUUUCCACAACGAUGUGAAGAAUUUUGCUGAUGUUGGAGGAGGUGUUCUCGGCUGCAGAGGAUUCCAUUCCAGUUUCCGCACAUCUCAGGGUGGUCUAUCCCUCAACAUCGAUGUGUCUACUACCAUGAUCAUCCAGCCUGGGCCGGUGGUUGAUUUUCUGAUUGCAAAUCAAAAUGUGAAAGAUCCCUAUUCUGUUGACUGGGCAAAGGCAAAGCGUACACUGAAGAAUCUGAGGGUGAAAACCAGCCCUACCAAUACUGAGUACAAGAUAACUGGUUUGAGUGAGAAGCCUUGCAAUCAGCAGCUGUUUUCGUUGAGGCAAAAGUCAAAAGAUGAGAAUGGUGAAUUCGAGACUUUGGAAGUUACUGUUUAUGACUAUUUUGUGAAUUAUCGCAAGAUCGAAUUGAGGUAUUCUGGUGAACUUCCAUGUGUGAAUGUUGGGAAGCCUAAAAGGCCAACUUUCUUCCCUCUUGAGCUGUGUUCAUUGGUCUCUCUGCAACGCUAUACAAAAGCACUCAACACAAUGCAAAGAUCCUCUUUGGUGGAGAAAUCCAGACAAAAGCCUCAAGAAAGAAUGAAGGUUUUAACCGAUGCACUAUCACUCAAUAAGUAUCAUGAGGAACCUUUGUUGAAAUCAUGUGGGAUUUCAAUAAGCAACAGCUUUACACAAGUGGAAGGCCGUAUUCUUGCAGCCCCUAAGUUGAAAGUGGGUAAUGGUGAAGAUUUCUUCCCGAGAAAUGGUCGCUGGAAUUUUAACAACAAAAAACUUGUGGAGCCCACGAAAAUCGAAAGAUGGGCUGUUGUGAACUUCUCUGCUCGCUGCAACAUUCAGAGCUUAGUGAAAGAUCUGAUAAAAUGUGGAGGAUUAAAAGGAAUCAAAAUUGAUGAGCCUUUUGAUGCGUUUGAGGAGAGCCCACAAAACAGGAGGGCCCCACCUCUUGUUAGGGUAGAGAAAAUGUUUGAAAUGAUAAUGUCGAAGCUUCCUGGGGCCCCACAGUUUCUACUCUGUUUGUUACCUGAGAGAAAGAACUCUGAUCUUUAUGGUCCAUGGAAGAAGAAGAAUCUGGCUGAUUUUGGUAUAGUGACCCAAUGCAUAGCUCCUAUGAGAGUCAAUGAUCAGUACCUAACAAAUGUCCUGCUUAAGAUCAAUGCUAAGCUUGGGGGUCUUAACUCAAUGUUAUGUGUGGAACAUUCUCCUUCCCUUCCACAUGUUUCCAAGGCUCCCACAAUCAUUCUGGGCAUGGAUGUGUCUCAUGGGUCACCUGGCCAAUCUGAUAUUCCAUCUAUUGCAGCUGUUGUUAGUUCCCGACAUUGGCCUUUGAUCUCCCGUUAUCGAGCUUCUGUGAGAACUCAAUCUCCAAAGGUGGAGAUGAUUGAUUCCCUGUUCAAGAAAGUUUCUGACACUGAGGAUGAAGGCAUAAUGAGGGAGCUUCUCCUUGACUUCUAUACGAGUUCUGCAAAACGUAAGCCAGAUCAGAUAAUCAUCUUCAGGGACGGUGUCAGCGAGUCGCAGUUCAACCAGGUUUUGAACAUUGAACUGGACCAAAUUAUCGAGGCCUGCAAGUUCCUAGAUGACAAGUGGAACCCAAAAUUUCUUGUGAUAAUUGCUCAGAAGAAUCACCACACCAAGUUUUUCCAGCAAGGAUCUCCAGAUAAUGUUCAACCUGGAACUGUGAUAGAUAACAAGGUCUGUCAUCCUCGCAACAAUGACUUCUACAUGUGCGCACAUGCUGGCAUGAUUGGGACAACCAGGCCCACUCAUUACCAUGUUCUGUACGAUGAAAUUGGCUUCUCGGCUGAUGAUCUCCAGGAGCUUGUCCACUCCCUCUCCUAUGUUUACCAGAGAAGCACUACUGCCAUAUCUGUUGUUGCACCAAUUUGUUAUGCACAUUUAGCAGCCACUCAGAUGUCUCAGUUCAUGAAGUUUGAAGACCACUCAGAGACAUCCUCCAGCCAUGGCGGCACCGGGGUCACAUCAGCUGGAGCAGUGGCGGUUCCUCAGCUGCCAAAGCUUCAGGAGGCAGUUGCAAACUCCAUGUUCUUCUGCUAAGCUAAACUAAAUGUUUGUUUCUCUGUCAGACUUUUAAGUAGUAGUAAGUUGUUAAUCAUGUGUGGAUAGGAUGUGGUUAAGGCCUGUUUGUUUGUUUGUUUGUAUGUAUGUAUGUGAAUGAAGAAAUGUUAGGAUAGGAUGAUGUUUGCUGGGACUUAGACUGUGGUCGAUAACUCUGACUUAUGAUGUUUUUUGGAUUUGUUUUGGUUGGAUCUAAAUAGUUCGCCAUCAACUUCUAUACAAU